AUGAAGCUUUUACCAGGAAAACCAAUAACCGGCCUCCUCUCUGAUAAGGAAUGCCUACUAAACGUUGGCAUGUCGCGUCGGCCUGUACGGUUUGGGCACAGCAUAAAUAACAUUAUUAUUACGAGUAACGUGCGAAACGUAAUAACUUUCAUAUACAUACAUUUAUUUGAGGAACACGUCUACUGCAAGAGCGGUUUUAUGAAGAAAUAUUCGUGUUCAUUUUUAUUGCCUUUUUCAUUUUGUGCAAAUAAAUAUUACUUACUUCAUAAAGUGAACAUUACGGAAUGUAAGUGUUUUUAUAUUAGUGUAAUAUGUAAAUUGUAA